GACAUAACAAAAUUUGCGGUUAACAAUAUCUAGUGGAAGUUGUGCGCUUAAAAAACUUAACUUAAAUCAACAUGUUCAAAUUGAUCAUUGCCUUGUCUGCGCUCUGCGCUGUCGCUUCCGCCGGCUACUUGGGUGGCUAUGGACUUGGCGGUUAUGGUCUCAGUGGUCAUGGUUUGGGUUACGGUGGCUACAGUGGCUACAGUGGUUACAGUGGCAUUGUGGCGCCAGCCUAUCAUGCACCCACCGUUGUUGCUGCAGCACCAAUUGUGAAGACUUACAGCGCUCCAAUUAUCGCCGCACCAUUGGCCACCUCCUAUGCCAAUACCUACAAAGUGGCCACUAAAGCUAUCCCGAUAGUGCAUGCUGCUCCAGCCGUAUAUGCGGCGCCAGCAUACCAUGGUUCACUGGGCUAUGGGCUGAAUUACGGUUACGGACAUGGUUUGUUGCAUAAGUAAGGAAAUCGCAGGAGAUGGAUCGUGCUGAACAAGGACAUGAAAAUGGAUAAUGAGCUAUAAUUCUAUGUGCAAAAAAGUAUAUUUGGCAGACUGGGAGGAGCUUAAAAUGCAGGCUGAUUAUAGUCUUCACUUGGGGCGUGGUGGCAUAAAUGAAAACUAAGCUAUGGGAGUGAGUGAGCAGUGAGGAGUUGAGCCGCUUUGACUUUGAACAACCAGUGAGUUUGUUUCCGCUGAGAUUUUUUCCGCAAUUUGUCUGAUUCGUGUACUCGAUGCUAAGUGUAUU